CUCUUCAGCAACGUGACAGUGAACGUGAGUCGUAAAAGAUACCCGUAUGAAAAAACAAUAUAUGGUUAAAAUAUAUAAAAUCAUAUAAGUUUGCUACAAAAAAAUAUAUGAUAUAUUAUAUUGUGUAUUAUAAAAAAUCAGAUGGAGAUUUUCGUCGAUUUAAUAUAAAAUUAUAUACAGUAAGUAAUAAUUGUUAUCAAGUUCUUGAUGUCAUACGAAAGUGAGCUUUGAUUCGAAUAAUUCUGAAGAGACAACCAAAGAUAACAGGACACUGUCAUCGGUAGCAGACGGAGUUCGCGCUUCCUAGACCUUUUGUUUAUUUAUUUAUAUAGUUUUGGUAUAUUUGUUUAUUUAAAUGGGUAUUUAUGUGAGUGAGCCUUGGAUGUGCCAUAGUAGCUGUUAAGAGACAAGCUUUGAAUUUAGUCGGUUGUGUCAACCGGACAAUAUUUGUGCUUAAGUGCUUACCAAUUUACUUGGAUUUAUUAUUAGGAUAAAUAUAUAAAUAUAAAUAUAAAUAAAUAUAUAUAGUUUAAUUUAUUGAUAGUAAUAAUGCCCGCGACUCCGAGCGAGCUCAAUUCGAGCUUUGCUAGAAAUGCAUACAAUGCUUUUGAUAAUCGAACGCCAACGGAUAACGUUGACCCACAAGUUGAACAAGAAACUGAAUUGUUGGAGGGUACGAGGGGCAAUGAAGUUUUGCAGCUCAAAAAUGGAGUGGAUUAUAUUAAUCCUGGCGAAGAAGAUCAGAUGGAAGUUUACGGAUACCGUAGGAAUAUUGUAUUCACGAUGAUCACAUGGUUCUUUAUAAUAGCAACCGGUGGUCUCCUACGCCUUGUAUUCCAUUGGCUACCUCAUUUUAUGGUUCGAGCCACCCACUCAAAAUGUUCAGUCAAGAAGGCUAGUAUUGUGCUGUUGAUCGAAAGAUUUCAAGGCGAUCAUGUUUGCUAUUAUGUUGAAAAACUAACGACCCUGAGUGCUGCCGAUGUAUAUAAAAAUGCAUCGGCCAGCCACACACGAAUUGGCGAAUCUGGGAAUGAUGCAACUGGUGUCAAUUCUACGGAUCUGGCUGGCGUGACAACUGUAGAUGAUACUUUAAAGCUGUCAGUUCACUUCCACAGCGGACAUUUUAAACGAGUGUCCUCCAUUUUAACGUUCACAUGCAAAAAAUUUGUAUACAUUUGGGAUAAUGACCGCGGCGAAUUUCUUAAGCUAGCUGGCUUAGAUACUGGUGUUUCUACGUCAACGUUGCACGAAAUGCAGGGCUUGACUUCUCAAGAACAAUUUCUAAGACGCAGCGUCUAUGGGAAAAACGAAAUAAAAGUCCCUCUGAAAAGCUUUUUACAUUUACUGUGGCUCGAAUUUCUGCAUCCUUUUUACAUUAUUCAAUUAUUCAGUUUUUGUCUGUGGCUGUCCGAAUUAUACUACUUCUACUGUUCAGUAAUCCUGAUAACAGCUUCUAUAAGUCUUGUAAUGUCUGUCAUCCAGACGCGCCGGAAUCAGCAUAAACUAAAUUCAACAGUCCAUUUGUUAGACAAAGCCACAGUGAUGCGGAACCGAAAGAUUGACAAAACAGACUCCAUAACAUCUGACAAAUUGGUUCCUGGUGACAUCCUAGUGAUACCUCCGCAAGGUUAUCUGAUGUCCUGCGAUGCUGUUCUCCUUUCUGGAACAUGCAUCGUCAAUGAGUCGAUGUUAACCGGAGAAUCUGUACCAGUCACUAAAACCGCGAUCCCAUCGUGCGCGGAUGUGAUAUACGAUACCAAAAAACACUCUCGCUCUACGCUAUUCUGCGGAACGAAAAUUAUCCAAACUCGUACGUUCGGGAAUGAAAAAGUUCUUGCCGUUGUAAUCCGUACAGGAUUUAUGACUAUCAAAGGAGGACUUGUGCGAACAAUAUUGUACCCGCCGCCUAUGGACAUCGAAUUCGAGCAAGACUCAUAUAAAUUUAUAAAACUUAUGAUGUGUAUUGCAACCGUUAGCGCUAUUUAUACAGCAGUGACUAAAGCACAGCGCGGAAUACGCGCUGGUGAAAUCGUCCAAGAAGCGUUAAAUCUCUUUACUGUCGUAGUUCCACCAGGACUGCCUGCUGCUAUAACGAUAGGGCGAUUGGUGGCUCAAAACCGGCUUGAGAAGAAUCGAAUCUACUGUACAGAGCCUCGAGUCAUUACUGUAUCAGGUUCUAUUGACUGCAUUUGCUUUGAUAAAACUGGAACCCUUACUGAAGAUGAUCUAGAUAUGUGGGGAGUUGUUCCAGCAGCAGAACGAAAGUUUUCCGUACCUGUUAAGUCGAUUAGCUCAUUAACGACAGCAGAAUUACUAUUUGGCAUGGUGACUUGUCAUGAAAUAUCAAUCAUUAAUGGAUCAUUGGUUGGAGACCCACUGGAUCUAAAGAUGUUCGACUCAACCGGAUGGACACUCGAAGCGCCUGAAGAUUCGGAUAACACUAAACUCUCAAUGAUGUUUUGUAUAAUCGUACGCCCUCCCGAAAAUUCAAGACUGUUACAAACUCAAAAACAGCUGCUGGGUAUGUCCCCAGCUCGCCAGAACUCAAUCGCCAAUUCGGACGUAGACAAUUUGGCUGCUUCGGAUGCAGAAUUGGCUGAGCAAAGAUCGGGAAUUGGAAUUGUAAGACAGUUUCCUUUCACAUCAAGCUUACAGCGUAUGAGUGUCAUCACCCAAACGUUGGGUGCUACGCACUAUGAUCUCUACUGCAAAGGAAGUCCGGAAAUGAUCCAAAGUUUGUCACGUCCAGAAUCAAUCCCUGCAGAUUUUGCUUCAGUUCUCCAGCAUUACACCUCCGAAGGCUACCGUGUAAUUGCGAUGGGACAAAAGCAACUUAACAAAUUAACUCAUGCUGAAGUUCAAUGCAUUAGCCGUGAGUCUGCCGAAACCGAUCUCUACUUUCUGGGUUUCAUUAUCCUAGAUAAUCGACUUAAGCAAGAAACAACUCCAACUAUAAAAGCACUUAAUCAGGCAUCAAUAAGAACAGUUAUGGUUACUGGUGAUAACAUACUUACGGCGUUAUCUGUAGCACGUGAUUGCGAAAUGAUACAAUCAGACAUGCCAGUUAUUGUUGUAACUGCGGUACAAACUGGCCAACAAAAGCCCCAAUUAAAUUACACCCGUAGUGAUCAUCUCGAUUCAUCACCAAUUCCCUCAAGCGAAAUGACCGAUUCGAAUAGUAUCGUUUCCCUAAAAAAAAUCGAAAGUGAUCCAUUUGUUCGCACAGAUGACUUCCACAAGCCCAAUAUUAACAAAUAUGUAUUUGCGGUUGACGGAAAAACCUGGGCAAUAAUCAAACAACAUUACCCAGAGAUUCUUCCUAAAAUUGCAACGCGUGGUGUGAUUUUCGCACGAAUGUUACCAGAUCAGAAGCAGCAGUUGGUCCAAGAGUUACAGUGUCUCGGCUAUUAUGUCGCCAUGGUCGGAGAUGGAGCCAACGACUGUGGGGCCUUGAAGGCUGCUCACACUGGAAUCUCACUCUCCGAUACAGAGUCAUCAGUAGCGUCACCGUUCACCAGCCAGGAAACGAAUAUCUCUUGCUCGCAAUCUGUUAUCCGGGAAGGUCGUGCUGCGUUGAUCACUUCUUUCAGUAUCUUCAAGUACAUGGCUGCUUUUUCUUUGGGACAAUUAGUCGUAACCAUGAUGUUAAUAGAAAUCGAUUCUAGUCUUACUGACUUCGAAUAUCUAUACACCGACUUCUUUAUUAUAUCAGUUUUCUUAUUUGUUUCGCCAUACACUCCGGCUUACGAUGGACCAUUGGCAAAGAAGCCGCCUGUAAGGAGUCUAAUCGGGACAACGUCAUUGUUGAGUCUUUCUUUGCAAGUAGUUGUUGUCAUCAGUUUCCUGUGCUUAAGUUACUUCAACCUACAACAAUACGAUUGGUACAAACCGUACAAUAUCAGAGUGAAAGAAGGAAAAACUGACUAUGGUUGUUAUGAAAACUAUACCAUGUUCGUCAUGAGUUCAAUGCAGUCAAUCAUAAUCGCGUUGGCUUUUUCUAAGGGUCACCCGUAUCGGAAAAGUAUUUUCAGCAUUCGCGGAUUGGGAAUCUACACCAUUAUCAUAACAUUGUUCACUGCUUACUUGGCUAUUAGUCCAUUUGAGUGGCUGCGUAACCGAUUGGAACUAGAAAUGCCACCAGAAAUGUCAUUUAGGAUCAGAUUGGUCUUAUAUUGUGCUGCUCAUUUUAUUGUUUCAUUACUCGUUGAAUAUUAUAUGGUUGAUUACUUGGCUGCGAGCAAAUUGUGCUGUGGCCGGCACGAUAACGACAAAUCAAGGCGUAAGUUUUUGGCGAUAGAACGUGACCUGUCGAAGAACACGAAAUGGCCGCCUUUGACACAAGAACCGUCGACGCCAGAUGGCGUGAUAAAUAAAUGAACAAGACGUUACUUUGGUAUAAGAAAAUAACGUCGAUGAAUUUGAUCAUUAGAUAGUCAAGAAUAACAUAAAAAAUCGAUUCCAUGGUUUCGAUUACAGUAACAAAUAAACAAACAUACGAAACUCACUGUGUUAUUGAUGUACCAGUUCAAUCUGUGUAAGAUCUUGUGAAGUGAUGAUAAUUUAUUUUAAUGCUGGUUGUGAAUUUAAAGUAAUGAGAUAAUUAAUAAGAGAUUUAUGAGAAAGUGAAAAAAUAGAAAAAUUAGUGCCAUGGCAGAUGUCGCUAGUUUAAAGUGUUUAAAAAAAUGGGCGAUUGAUUGAGAUUCAUAGUCUAAUGGGACAGGCUGAAGUUGGAAUAACGGAAUUUUUAUUGAAUUGAAGUCAAUUUGUAUUAAUUAGUGACGGAAAUAAAUAUGAAAAUGUAUCUGUUCAAUGUGUAACUUUAUUAUCACCGGACAUAUUUUAUUUUAGAGAGAAACUAAACGAGGAUUCUAAAAAUAGCAAAUGUCAGUGAGCACUGAUAAAUAAAUUAAAAAAAAAAAACGUCUGAAGAGUCUGAUGGUUUGUUGGAAUUAAAAUUAGUGGUUGAAUGGUUUCGGAUUGUUUUUAACAAUCAGUGCCUUGGUCUUAAUCUCAGUAACGAACAAAUGAUACGAACGGGGACUUUGGCUAAUUAAUGCUUUAUUUAAUAAAUUAAGCGGCUGUAGUUAUCAACGAGACACGAAACACCCAAAAGGUUGUUCUGGAAAACGAUCCGAGCUGUCGGUCUUGGGAACCUCGACAGGAUCACACCCACUCCACCUUCCCAGAUUCUUUAUAAAUCACUCGCUCAUAUCCAUAAUCUUAAAUAUAAAUAAAUAAUAAUGAUAAUAAUAACUUUAGUUAAUUGUCUAGGAUUAAUUCGAUUCGAUCGAUCUGCUCCGUUUAUUUAAUAUUCACUCAAUAUUCCAUUGAUGAUAUCCGUCCAUCUUUUUAUUUAUUUACUGCUCCACUUUUAUAAUAAUCAUUCCCUGUCUUUAUAAAUAACCCUGAUUCCAAACUUUCCAUGAUCUACGAAAAAAUAAUAAUAAUAAUAAUAUUUUCCAUGAAUAAAUAAUUUUUUAUUCUGACUAGAUGUAAAUUUUUAUUCAACUUUACAUUUAAUUACUUAUUUGUUUACAUAAAUUUGCACAUUCAAAUUACAAUUAAAUAUAUUUAUUUUCUUUUACUAACUAAUUAACUAAUCAACUAGUUUAAAAAAAUUACUUAUCAUCAAUUAAAAAUUAUAAAUUACAAAUGGUACUAAAAAUUCCUCCAAUUACUUUGAGCACAUUCUAACGCAAUUUAAAUUCCACUAAUUAAUUUAUUUAUUAAUUAAAAAAUUGCGAUCAUUUAAUCCGUAGAAAAAAUUGAAACCAAUCUCUAUUGACUAGUGACACAAUUAUUUGGUUUUAUUUUCCGACAAUGGCAACAUUUGUUAGUAGUCUAUUUAUCCAUUAACUCCAGUAGGUAAAUAUUAUACUUGAAUAAAUCGUCUAUCAGUUUCCUACCGAUUUGUCCGAUGGUCAUGAUAGCGUAAAUCAUUACCACGGAACAUGGCUUCAAGUAAAAGUUUAUUGUUAUACUGGACACCGUGUGAAUUAACUAGAGUAAUAAAGUUUUGGUAUCUUUUCCAUGCGGUAACAGAAGCCACGUCCACUUCCACAUUGUUAACUUCCUCUUCCGUUUGAUAUUUUUUCAUCUUAUCUCUACUACCAUUAACUUCCUCACCAGUUAAUGUCGACUCCGUUGCUUGGCAUACAUUUUUCAACUCCGGUAUCAUCUGCAAUUCAAAAGUAUCAAUUAUGUAUCUUUACAUUCUUUUUCGACUCUCUACUUAUAGCAAAAAAAAUUUUUUUUAUUCAUUUUUAUUCUCAAUGGUAUCAGUAGUGAAAAAAAAAUUCAAAAAAAUUUGAUCCUCAUUUCUGUCUGAUUUUAUUAGAUCGCAUUAAAUUCAACUAAUUUUUUUGUUCCGAUAAAAUUUCGAAAUGAGAAAAAAAAUUGUUCGUCCAAAAUAUGGCGCCCUAACAUUUAUAUAGGAAACAGGCGCGCAAAUUUUGGUCGCUUAAAAAAAUAAUGAAUUUUUAUGAACUUGAAUACAGUAAAAUUUUUUUUUGACUUCCCCUUCUAGAAAUUAAACCAAAUUUCUAGUUACCAUAAAAAAAAUUUUUUUCCGGGCGGGAAAAAUGGACGAGCCCCAAAAAAAAGUAAAAAUUUUUUUGUUCUUUUAUUUUAAAAAACUCAAAAAAUUAUUCGCAUCUUAUCUAAGUGAGAAAAAAAUUUUAUAAUUCUGUUAGUAAAUAAAGAUGGUGAAAAAAAAUUAUUGAAGAUUAAUAAUAACUUAUAUAAAAUUUAAAUAUAGCGAAGAAACCGUAUAUAUUUUUUGUGGUCAAAAAUACUUUGAGUCAACUGAAAAAUUUCUAAAGAAAAAAUUCUUAAGAAAAAUCGUUGCAAAAAAAGUUUUUUUUAUCAAACUUUUGGGGUGAUCCAUUUUUCCCGCCCACAUAUAUUUAUAUAUACGUGUAUAUGAAGCUAUUUGUAUAAAUUUUUAUUUUGAAUAUUUUUUGAAAUUUUUUUGUACUCAAAUAGUAUUUGAUAUUAAAAUAAUAUAUUAUUAUCAUUAUUAUUGUUUAAUGUUUGUAGGAUGUAUCAUAGAUAUGUAAUUCUACCCAACCCCUUUUUAAAUCAAUAAGUAGAAGCUUGAAAAGAAUCAAAACUUCCCUUGUGAUUUGAAUCCCUCAAACGAUAUUUGAUUACUACUCAAUAAAAUCUUCUAUUUUAUCGUUGCCGGGAAGAAAAAACAAAAAGAAAAUUUAAUUAAAAAUAAAUUUAUUACCUUGGUAAUCAAUCCGUGAAAUUUUGGUAUCGAUAAUUACUGUAGUGAUGUAAUUCGGAGCGAUAGACAAUUUUGAACGAAAUUACAGCGAUCGAUAGUUUGGUAGUUACGUACGUUGAUUAUAUAAAAUUUAAUUCUGUAACACAACUAAAACAAUUAAAUAAUAAAAUAAACCAGCAACGGAGUAGACGUAACUGAGUGGCUGACAAUAACAGACUGCUGGAGAGCAGACCAGGGGACUGGACUAAGCUGGAGUUGGUAAUAUUAUUCUGGCAUCUGGGGGUCGUUACUCCCCCUCUCUUUGACAAUAAAAAAAACUUUGCUACAUAUGGGGCCCAUAUUGUUCCCUUUUACCCCCUUGUAAUUUUUUUUAUUUUAUUUUCUAACGGACAUUUGCUUUUUCUAAAUUUUGUUUUAUGAGUAUAUAUUUUUUAAAAAUUUAACUGCAAGUAUUCCGAUAGCUCGCAAACUAUCAAGUUGAGGUAAAAAUGUAAAGAAUAAUUUUUUUUAGGAAAUUUAAUUCUCAAUAAAUUUGUAGUCAUAUGUUUUUUUUGUAUCUUUGAUAGAUCAGCUUUAAUUUUUAUUUAAAGCAUCCGCUGUAAUAAAUUGGUUAAAAUAAAUCCCAUAGUAAUUUUUUAUCUUCGAAUUUAAAUUACGGCUAAACGGUUGUAGAUAAGACAAAAAUGAUAAGAUAAUAUUUUGUAGAUAAUUUAAUUUUCUACAAAAAAAGUCAUGAUGAUUUUUAACGUAAGUUUGACGGUUUGUAAGAUAUUAUGAUUUGGAGUAAAGGAUUAAAAAUUUGGUCUCUGAAUGUUUGUUUUAAUUAAAUUUUAGUUGGUUUUAAUUAUAACUCUUGAACUAUUGAGUUUACGUAAAAAUAUGCGGGAAUCUUUUUUAUAGGAAAUUUUAUUAUCUAAAAAUUAGUAUUGAUAUAUUUUUACCGUAUCUUCGAUAUUUGAGCUGAAAUUUUAAUUUUAAGUGCUCGAUAUAUAAAUUUAUAAUUUUUUUCUGUCAAAAAAAAUUUUGUCAUACAAAAUUUUGCUGAGAUCACAAAUUUUUUUCCGGUAAUUUACCAACUACAUAUAUUGUAUUAUAUGAAAAAUAAAUAUUAUAGUCUUCUCUAUAAAUUAAAAAUUUUUUCAAAGUUCGGGACGAAAAAAUUUUGAUUAAAAAUAAAUUACAAAAAUUCAAUAAAUAGAACAGUAAUUUUUUUUAUUUAACUAAAAAUAAAAAAAAUUUAUUUCCUCCAUCUAUUCUCAUAAAUUAUGAGUGACAAAAUAAAUUUCAUAUUAAUAAAAAUUGAUUUAAAAAAUUUUUUUUUUCAUAAAAAAAAGCUUAUGACGGAAUAAUAUUAAAGUGUCUUUUGUAUAUUUAAUCCUAUACCCCGAAGCAUUUGAUCGAAUAAAACCUACUUUAUGUAUGUUAUAUAUGAGGGCUUUCAUAUAUAUAGAUCUAUACAUGUACAUAUACAUAUACAUGUACGACAAACAUAUAUAUCACGUAUAUAUCUAUUGUGAGUACUAAAUAAUAAAAUAUGAAAUAAAUUGGCUCAAUUACCACGUCCGAGUUUCGUGACAGAAGUACUAUAGUAUAAAUUAUAAUUUAUAUGAUUUAUAUUAAUUAAUUUAUUUGUUUAAAAAAUAAUAAUUAUAAGAAAUGAAGUUUUUUUUUUUUAUUAAUUUUUUUAAUUAAUUUUAUUACAAGAAAAAACUUUUACUACUUGAGUUGGGAUUCAUAAUUUCAAAUAUAUAUAUAUUAUAUAU